AUGACGAAGAUCAACACCUCCCUCCACUCCUCGCGGAGAAAGUCCCGCAAAGCUCACUUCAGCGCCCCAUCCAGCGUCCGCCGCGUCAUCAUGAGCGCACCUCUCAGCAAGGAACUACGAGAAAAACAUAAUGUCCGUGCCAUUCCCAUCCGCAAAGAUGACGAAGUCACCAUAACCCGCGGCUCCAACAAAGGCCGCGACGGCAAGGUCACCUCCGUCUACCGUCUCAAAUACGUCAUCCACGUUGAGCGAGUCACGAAAGAGAAGUCGAAUGGGACAAGCGUUUCGAUGGGCAUAGCGCCGAGCAAGGUCAUGAUUACGAAGUUGAAGAUUGACAAGGAUCGGGAGAACAUACUUGAGAGAAUCAAGGAGGGCAGAGAGGAGAAGGCGAAGAGAGGGACCAAGGACGAGUGA